UGCUACUAUUGAUUGUCACCUAUAAGCUUUGCAUAAUUAUAUUAGGGUUGCCAGCCACCACCUCAUCUUCAACCGUAAGUACCAAACCCCACAUACAUCAAUCACAGACUAUCUUGGACCAUACAAAAGCUUUCAUAAGAAAUUUCCGAUCAUCAUCAUCAUAUAUCUCUCAAUACACUCCUGUGUUAAUUAACACUAAUAUUCCUUUCACUUGAUAUUAAAGAAAUGCUCCUCACUUCACACCAGCUUCCUUGCCAUUUCGUUGCAGCACCUGAGACUCGCUGGCUUAUAAGCAAUAUUUACCUCGUUCUCUUCCGAUCGCUUUAUCUUCUUCACCCUCGUUCCAAGGGCUAGAAUUCUUCAUCUAGAUCACAAAUCCAUACGUACAGGGGUAUUCGCUCAGAUCGUCCAUCUUAAACUCGUCCCCAUAAGCUUCGGGUUUUGAUCAAGGUGUUUGGUUUAGGAGAUGGGAUUGAGUACUAAACAGGUUAGCAGUGAUGGCUUGGAUUGGAGCCAGAGCUUGUUGCAAGCACAAAGCUUUGAGCUGCCAAAAGCUCCUGUGGCGAGGCGGCAGCAGCAACAAAACCAGGAGCAACCGGAACAGUUGAAGUGUCCGAGGUGUGAAUCAACCAACACAAAGUUCUGUUACUACAACAACUACAACAAGACUCAGCCUAGGCACUUCUGCAGAGCUUGCAAGAGGCACUGGACCAAAGGCGGAACGCUGCGCAACGUCCCUGUUGGUGGCCAUGGCCGGAAAAACAAGCGCACCAGGAAGCCAAACUCUAGCGUCCCCGCCGCCAAAACCACCACAAACGGUGCUUGUACUAUUGCCACGUCGACUAGGGUCAGCAAUACCAACUUGGCAUUUGAUCGAACUUACGGUGUGCAAAGGGUUAGCCACUUGGGAAUUGAUGGAGAGCAAAGGCUCAACUCGAAUAUGGGAGUUCUUCUUCCUCAACAGGGUUUAAUCACCUCAAGUGAAUUGGAUAACCAUAUAUUUUCAUCGUCAUCAGUUUUAUGUACUACUAUUCCUUUUAAUUUUCUCCAAGCUGGUAGAGCUCAAGUACUGACCUAUCCCUUCUCAAGCUCCAGUACUUCAAGUUCCUUCGACACAAUCUCAACUUCUUUUCAAUCCCCAAAUGUUUGCUACGCGCAAGAAUUCAAAUCAAUGGAGGAGCCAACCAUCACAAGCAUCAUGCCAUCAGCAAACAUCACAAUCCCGCAGGCUCAUAAUUCAGGCGUCGGCAUGUACACGUCAAACGACUGGAACUGGGAGGACAUUGAAACCCUUGUUUCUACUGAUCUCAAUGUGCCAUGGGAUGAAUCUGAUAUGAACCCUUGAAAGGGUAUUAUUUACUUAACCACUCUAAUUAGUUAGUGGGUGUCUAUAGAGGUUAUUUUUUCUAUUUGAAUUGGGUUGGGUGUGUAUCAAACAGUGUCUUUCUAUGUUAUUAUCAAUUAUGUAUUUUGUGCUAUGAUCUUGAUCUUCAUGUGA